AUGAAGUCGUCUGAUAUUGACCAGGAAUUAUUCACUGAAAGCUAUUGCAAAGUGUGCAGUGCUCAGCUAAUAUCAGAAUCUCAGCGGGUGGCACAUUAUGAGAGUCGGAAACAUGCGAGCAAAGUGAGACUUUACUACAUGCUACAUCCCAUAGACGGAGGCUGCCCGGCCAAGAAGCUCCGAUCAGAAAACGACAGUGAUGCCGACGCAGUGGACAAGAACAAAUGCUGCACGCUAUGUAACAUGUCCUUCACUUCGGCAGUGGUGGCCGAAUCACAUUACCAAGGCAAAAUCCAUGCCAAAAGGUUAAAACUGUUGCUAGGUGAACAGCCAGCACUAAAGGCCACAGAAACCACUCUGAGUUCGCUAAAGCAGCCACAUGCGGAUAGUUCUCCCGUGGUGUCUUCACCUCACCAAAGAAGAGACUCAGACAGGUACUGCCAGCUCUGUGCAGCCUGGUUCAAUAACCCCAUGAUGGCACAACAACAUUAUGAUGGCAAAAAGCACAAAAAGAACGCAGCCAGGGCCGACUUAUUAGAACAACUAGGGAAGACAUUGGAUCUAGGAGAGUUGAGAGGUAAGAGCCUGUCUUGA